UACCUAUUCUAUACAUGAUUUUGCAAAAAACUACCUUAUCUAAUUUUUUUUUCAAAAAACUACCUUAUGUGAUACUUAUGUUUGCAAAAGAGUACCUUUUAACGGAUAGGUUAGUUUUGACCGUCAAAACUAACUUUGACUAUCACGUGUGACGCACGUGACCUAUUAUUUAGCAAACCUUCUUCAUUGCUGCUGUUCAUUUCAGAAACCUUCUUCGAAAGAGCUUAUGUUUUCUCUUCUUCUUCGAAAAAACCGGGUUAUCUUCUUCGAAAAAGCUGUGCAAAGCUCUUCAAUUCAGGGAGUUAGGUUGUGAAGUGAAAUACUCUAAGUGCUACAUGGCUAAAAGAAUUGCAAAGAAAAUGUUAGUUGGUGAUGCUAGUGAAGAGUAUAGCAGGGUGUGGGAUUAUGCGGAAGCAAUAAGGAGGUAUAACCCUGGAAGCACUGCAAUCGUCAAAUGCAUCGGAAUAGAGACACCUCCACCCUUGUUUCAAAGGAUGUAUAUAUGUUUGCCAGCAUGUAAGGAGGGUUUUGUUGCUGGUUGUAGGCCUAUUAUAUGUGUUGAUGGGGCGCAUUUGAAGGGACAAUUCCCUGGGGUUUUGCUUACCGCUGUAGGUAAGGAUGGGAACAAUAACAUCUUCCCUGUUGCAUGGGCUGUCGUCGAAACAGAAAACGUAGAAACUUGGACUUGGUUUCUAAAUCUCCUUAUAGAAGACCUAAAGUCGGUUAGUUCAUCAAGUAGUUGGGUGCAAGCAGGAUGUGAAGAUUUUACCUUCAUGAGCGAUAGGCAAAAGGGUUUGAUUGAAGCUUUAAACGCAGUGAUUCCUGAAGCUGAAAUUAGGUUUUGCUGUAGGCAUAUAUGGGCUAACUUUAAGAUUAAGUUCCCUGGAGAGUUGUACAAGCAUCACUUUUGGAAAGCAGCAAGAGCUUACAACAAGUUUGAUUUUGAUAGAGAAAUAAAUGAAAUAAAGAAUAUUUCUGUUCAAGCAUAUGAAUAUCUAGCUGCUAUUCCUGCUAAACACUGGUCUAAGCAUGCUUUUCCUAUUAGGAGUAAGUCUGGGAUGUUGUUAAAUAAUUGUUGUGAAUCAUUUAAUAAUGUGUUAGUAGAAGCUAGGGGGAAGCCCAUUAUUUCUCUUAUGGAGUGGAUUAGGAGAUAUGUGAUGCAACGGAGUGCAGCCAAAAGAGAAGGGUUGGGUAACUUUAGAGGUGUGUUGAUGCCAGCUAUCUCCAAAAUGAUUGAAAAAAAUUCAAAGGAAAUAUAUGGUUUGAGGGUAAUCCCAGUGGAUGUGUCUGAGUUUGAGGUGGAUGAUGAUGAAAAAAGUUACGUUGUGAACUUGACCAAUAAGACAUGCCUUUGUGGAAGUUGGAAUCUUCUUGGGAUCCCUUGCAAACAUGCCAUGGCUUGUAUUUGUAUUAGAAAAUUGGAUGCUAGUGAAUUUGUCCAUCAGGCGUAUCUUGUAGAAACGUAUGCAAAGACAUAUGAUCCUAAGUUUUAUGGUAUGCCAGGACGCGAAAUGUGGCCGACAACCACUUUAGCAAAACCUCUUCCUCCACCAUUUCGAAAGAUGCCUGGAAGGCCUAAAAUGAAGAAAAGAAAAAAGGAAAGCGAUGAAGGUAAAGGAGGUAACAAGCCUGUAAAUGUUGUUCGAGAAUUCAAGCAACGAAGAUGUGGUAAUUGCGGUGAAUUAGGCCACAACAAAAGAAAAUGCAAGAAUCCAGCAAAAUCACAUCCAACAGGGAGGAAGUCAAAGGGUGGAAGGCCUAAAAUAGGAACUCCUUGCACCAGCAGUCAACAAACGCAAACCGGAACAACAGCAUCCACUUCAUGUAUAGUGGAUCAACAAAGUCAAAUAUAGAGCUGUAUUUGAAUUGAGAAUGUACUUUGUUUCUUUGAAUUUAAUGUGCUGAAUUAAUGUAAGACAUAUACUGUGUUUUGAGAUGAACAGCAUGUAAUCAAAUGUUCAAAUCAAUGUUCUAUGCUGUGCUGUGCUGAACUGAUUGUGUUGAAUCAAUGUUCAAAUCAGUGUUCAGAUCAAUGUUCAUACUGAGACACCCUUGAAUCAAUGUGCAGAUCAAUGU